AGGGCAGGAGCUGGGUUGCAGACACUGCCCGGACACGUUCACAGCCAGUCCUGCGGGUUCCGUACGCAAGCAGAGUGCUGGGGCCGUGUAGUUCCCGGAGCAGGCGGAAGGCGGGACCCCUCCCCUCACCCCACUCCCCCGCCCCGUUUCUCCUCCUCCUUCCCCGGCUCCCCUCCCCCCGCGCCCCCGAGUCCCGUAGCCGGGCAGCCAAUCCCAGCCGCGCUUCUGCCCGGCUGCUCAGGGUGGUGGCACGGAGCCCGGAGGCGGCUUGGAGAGCUCGAGCUUUGUGCCCAGCGGCAGGUAAGCUCCUGCAGAAAGAGACCAAGAUGAACGCAGAGCCCGAGAGGAAGUUUGGCGUGGUGGUGGUUGGCAUCGGCAGAGCUGGCUCCGUGCGGAUCCGGGACUUGCGGAAUCCACACGCUUCCUCGGCGUACCUGAACCUGAUUGGCUUCGUGUCCAGACGAGAGCUGGGGAGCACUGAUGGGGUGCCGCAGAUUUCUUUGGAAGAUGCUCUUUCCAGUCAAGAGGUUGAGGUUGCUUAUAUCUGCAGUGAGAGCUCCAGCCACGAGGACUACAUCAGACAGUUCCUAAACGCUGGCAAGCACGUCCUUGUGGAAUACCCCAUGACACUGUCUUGGGCAGCAGCUAAGGAACUGUGGGCACUGGCUGAGCAGAAAGGGAAAGUCUUGCACGAGGAGCACGUUGAACUCUUGAUGGAGGAGUUUGCAUUCCUGAAAAAAGAAGUGGUGGGGAAGGACCUGCUGAAAGGGUCUCUCCUCUUCACAGCUGGCCCGCUGGAAGAAGAGCGGUUUGGCUUCCCUGCAUUCAGCGGCAUCUCUCGCCUGACCUGGCUGGUCUCCCUCUUUGGGGAGCUUUCUCUCGUGUCCGCCACUUUGGAAGAGCGAAAAGAAGAUCAGUAUAUGAAGAUGACCGUGUGCUUGGAGACGGAGAACAAAAGCCCGUUGACGUGGAUUGAAGAGAAGGCACCUGGCCUAAAGCGAAACAGACAUUUAAGCUUCCAUUUCAAGUCUGGGUCCCUGGAGAAUAUGCCCAACGUAGGUGUCAAUAAGAAUAUUUUCCUGAAGGAUCAAAAUAUAUUUGUCCAGAAACUCUUGGGCCAGUUCUCUCAAGAGGAGCUGGCUGCUGAGAAGAAACGCAUCCUGCACUGCCUGUGGCUGGCGGGAGAGAUCCAGAAACACUGCCACUCGAAGAAGUGAAGGGAGGGGGCAACACGGCCCUGCCCAGACGAGACCCGAGCCUGAUUUUUAUCAAGAGUUGACCUUUAUCUCUAUUCUUACCAUUAAACGUGUCUUGGGUAAACA